AUGAACUGCUUCUUGCACUGAAUUAAAUUAUUGAUUAUUGAUUCAUAAUGACGAUUGGAAUUGAAUUACAGCGUCUGGCAAACCAAAGAGAAAGGAAUUGAAUAACAGCGAGUUUCGAUUUCGUAGCUAGCUUGAAGAAGAAGAAGAAGAAGCAGAUGUUUCUACGGGAAUGGAGGAGAAAGACCCGUGGUUGGCCCCAGAUAAGGUCUACCACGUACUCUUCUGCUUCACCCUUACUAUUGUUUUCUCCACCCUCGCGAUCUUGACCAGAUACCCCUUCCUUCGCCGCCACGCCAUUUGGAUCGGAUCCAUCGCUUCACUCCUCGCAGGCGCAGCCAAAGAGGCCGCGGAUGAGCUUGGCUACUUUCGCUCUGCCGGAGCUUCCGCUAGAGAUGCGGUUGCCGACGUAGUUGGUGUGUUGCUUGCUUCCUUCGUUCUUUCUGUGUUCAGAAGCUCAACACGACCCGACACAGAAAUGAGUCAGAUCCGAGGGAUACCGCCGGUCUGAUAGGGUGGAUCCGAAUUUAUUUUUUAUGCGAGAAAAGACUUCUUAUUCCUUUUGUUGCAUUUUGGGAGGUGGGAUUUACUUUAAGCUUGCUGAUGAAUUAAGAACAUAGAAGAAGUGUAAAGGAAGAAUUUUUUUGUCCAAUUCUGCAUUUGUAGGCAUUCCGACAAGCUCGUGUUAUCUUGGAGACACUCCAUUACACCAAGUUUAAGCACUUUCAAGAACUUCUCUAAGAUAGUAACAAUUCUAGCAUUUGGAAGCUCUGUUAACAUUUAUAAUAGAAACAAAGUUGAAAUGAGAACAAUAUUUUGACUAUCAGCAAGUAACUGUACUUUAUAACCCGAGGGAUGAGGCUUUCCUGAUAACUCCUAAAUUGGCUUGGAGUUCCACAGAAAGUGACUCCAUUUGUGAUGAUGGAUGAAGAUGCAGAACUUUGUGGGGACAAAAAUGCUUCAUAUGUGCCUCUGUACUCGCUAAGUUCUAUCUGAUUUCCGAAGGGCAUAAUUGCACUGGAGAUACAUGGCCUCAUAAAGAUCAUGUUGAAGCAGAUGGAUUGGAGAAGUAGCGCAGGAAAAAGUAUGAGCUUUCAAAUAUCAUCAGUAUGAGCUUUCACAUAUCAUCACAUGAAUAUCAAAUUCCACAAGCGCAAUGAAUAUGGAGUCAUCUGCUGCAUGCCACUUCCGGGCAGUAGCUGUGAUCUGUUUAUUUUGUACCCAGAUUUGCUGGAAACUUCUGAGCUGCUAUGUAUCUCACAUUGCAUAAGCUCAUCUCCUUGUUAGCUGUGUUGCAUCGAUCCAAACAUAAAUAUCUGUGAUACGGCAAAGGCUAGAUUAAUCACUUUCUGAAGCUUCGGGGUGUUGAAGCUUUUCCUUGUGUUUCACCGUCUGUUUCUGGAAGCUUGACUGCAGUGU